AUGUUACAUACAGGUACAUUAACACUGUUGAGAACCCAGCACACCUGGCAACACGCGGACUGUCUCCAUCGAUGCUUUCCGCAUCAGUCCGGUGGUGAAACGGUCCAGAUUGGUUUUCCAAAGCUCGCUCAAAUUGGCCUUGUUUUUAAGUACCCAAAACGGAUCCCAUUCAAUCAGAGCACUGUUAGUGAUCCUACUCAAAUUUCAUGCAGCGUUAAUCCAGCAGGUGCGAACACAUUUUCGACGUUUUACUUAAUUGAUGAAGAACGUUUCAGUUCGUGGAAUACGCUUAUUGACAUAACUGCAUAUGCACUGCGUUUCCUCCGUAAGAUCGCACGCGCGCCUGCUACUUGGUUUGCACCUAUCUCUAAGUCUGGGGCACUCCAAGUAAAAGAUCGGAAGAUUACACAAAACUGUUUGUUUCGCCAAGCACAGCGCCACAUCAGCAAAAAAGGAGUGAUUAAACGGGAUUUAUUCCUAGAUGAGGACAAACUCUGGCGCUGUGGCGGUCGUCUUACGACAACGAGAUUGCCACAGCAAGAAAAACAUCCAAUAUUUCUACCGCGACAGAGUCGAAUAACACAGCUUUUACUUUUACAUGCACAUCAGUCGCUGCUGCAUAGUGGUGUUCCAACAACCUUAGCUCAAUUUUGCAAAUUAUAUUGGACCCCCCACAGGCGCCGUACAACAAAACUAGUAAUGCAGAGGAUGUGCAUGUACUGUCGUCGGUAG